UUUGUCAAAUUGUUAUGCUUCUAGAUAUAUAAUGCAAAGUCUAUAACCACUUGACACAACACAACCUUCUCAAAUCCUUAAAAACCAUCACAACACCAAAUUAGAAACAGAGAAAAACAGACAUAGCCAUGGUUUUAUUAUCACAAUCCCAACCAGAAUUACCCUUAAACGAGAAUGACUCACAAGACAUGGUUAUAUACCAAAUCCUAAACGAGGCUAAUGCCUUAACCAACACAUAUGUACCACAUAGAAACCACCACCAUCAAGCCAUGUUGAGUUGCUUAGAACCAACGAAGACUAUUGCCAAGAAGCACUAUAGAGGAGUAAGGCGUCGUCCUUGGGGGAAAUAUGCGGCGGAGAUUCGUGACUCGGCUCGUCAUGGAGCUAGAGUAUGGCUUGGAACAUUCCAAACAGCUGAAGAAGCUGCUAUGGCUUAUGAUAGAGCUGCUUUCAAAAUGAGAGGUUCAAAGGCUUUGCUUAAUUUCCCAGCUGAAACUGUUGCUGCAGCUUCCAUGCAAAUCGAAUUUUCUAAUUCUAAGCUUAACUUGAAUAAUAGUAAUAGUAAUAAUCAUCAUGAUUCUGAAUCAAGUGCUAGCAGCUAGGUACACUGAGCUGAGGUUACAACUUACAAAUAUGUUACAAGGGUUCUUGAUAGUUGAUAUAUAUAUAUAUAUAUAUAUAUUUUUUGUAAUUUUGUUUAAUGUUUGGGUUAUUUGUUGUGUCUCUUAUGGGUCCUUCCCCUGUCUCUGUAUAAAGAUAGGUUAGAGUUAGACAGAUUAAAGAGAAAAUGUAAGCAUAAUAUUAGCAUUGAUGUAGCAAUUCAAAGUGAGAAUUUAAACUUCUGAAUGGAGGAUGAAAGUCUUGUUUAA